AGAGCACUCACAGCACAUUGAAUGAAAUAGGAGUAUCUUGCAAAAGGUCCUAGGCUGCUUACUUGGGAUACCACAAAAUGAGUGCGAGGCGAGCCAUAUAUUUACAAAGAGGUCUUGCCGCUAUUUGCAUUUGGAGCAGCUUGACGCUGUUGCUGACAGCAGCAGCACCAAUGCCAAAGAACUUCUUCGAUCAAGGCAAUCAAGUGGCUGAGUUCUUUCAAAAUGGCGCAGCUCUGCGUGAGCGACCAGGCAUGAGCAUAGAUGGGAAUGAGCAGUUUCGACGAAAGCGUUCGCUCGAUGGCAGUGAGCUGACUGCCGAAACGGGGCCGAGAACUUCAUUUACGCAACUUAUGCGCAAUCUGAAUGCACCUUGCCAUGGUGGUGGCGCGGGUGGUACUGGUGGUGGCACCGAUACAGCUGACGGCGGUGAUGAUAUUGUCGAUGAAGCGCGUCGUCGCAUAGCACGUAUGAAAGCGCGUAAGGCAGCGGCCGGAAAGAAAGCGAAAAAUUCCAAAUCGAAAUCGAAAUCGAAAAGUAGCCAACGUCGUCGACGUCAAACGGAAGCUGAUGAUCUCGAGGGACUGGGCGAGAGCAAGGAAAGAGAGUUGAAAGAACAGUUCAUGGUCCAUCUGCAGCAAUUCUCUGAAAAUAUGAAUCGUAUGUACGAACAUAUAGCAUCGUCAGUGAUGAAUUCGAUGAAGCGAAUGGAAGAGAACUUUGGAAGUAAGAGCGGGCAGUCGUAAGAUUUUGGUGGAGACAUAUAUGUAUGGCGUGGAACAGUUAUUGGAAAUAUUCAGCAUACAUACAUACACAUAUAUUUAUUUUUAGCAAAACCAACAUACAUACAUACAUAUGUAUAUAUGUACAUAUAUUGUGUACUUAAAAAUAUUUGCACAUUUUCUCAUAGAAAAAAAUUAUUCUACUCGUAUUUAAAAGAAAUUUAAUGUACAAAAUCUAAUAAAAUUUUUCAUUCAAAUGAA